AUGGAGCUGCAGGGGGCCCUGUCGCAGCUGCCCCUCUACGAGACCCUGGACGCGUCCUUCCCGCCCGGGCUGAUGCCCCAGGGCCUCGAGCACAGGAUCAAGUGGAUGGUCCGCAGGAAGCUCAGGGACAUCGGCUACCGCGUGAACUUUCCAGAGGGCGAGGAGUGGCAGGCCGUGGUCGAGGCGUUCACCCUGGCGGGCCUCGACAGGAUGCACAGGAGUUUCGGCGUGAAUCCCUGGUUCUGGGUAGUGGCUUGGCCGGCCGUCUUCGGGGCCGCGGCCGCCGAUUUUUGGCCGGAGAUCGAGACCGAUGCCGAGCGGCGCUGUGUGGCCGCGCAGGUGUGUGCGGCACACCUGGAGGCGAUCAUGCUGAAGAGGGCGCUGAGCGACAUAGACGCCGUUGGCGCGCUGCCUGCGCCGGCUGUCCGGGGCCUCCGGGCCAUCGGCCAGACGGUGCUGCCAGGGCUGCCCUCCGCGGACAGGAAGGUGCAGGUGAAGGAGAGGAUGUCCGAGCUGAGGCAGACCUUCCAGAGGCCCGCCUCCCAGUGGGUGCCGCCCCCCCUGCCGAGCGAGCCCUCGCGGGCUUUGCCGCCGGCGCCGGUCGCCGCGGAGCCCAGGGGGAGCCGGCCAGCUCCGCCGCGGGCGCCGCCCGCCGGCGCGCUGCCGGCAGAGGCCGAGGGCGCGGCAGCCGUGGCGGCGGAGCCCACGCCGCCGCCGACGCCCCCGGCCUCGGCAGCACGGCCGUGG